CCUUCAAACGCGAGCUCCGCCGGUGUUGGUUCGCUGUUACGGUGUCGCUGUGUGGAGAGGGGAAAUUGGAGCGGAGCAGCGUCGCUUCGGAAACGUCAGUGAAUCUUAUUAUAAAAUAUCACAGCUACACAGGCGCCCCCAUCAUUCCUAUCACUUAUACAGGCAUCUUAUUUCGUGACCCUUAAACGCCAGCGCCCCCUGAAUUUGUUAAACCCAAAACCCAGCUAUGUCGAACAAGGAGGAAAAAACCGGAGAACAAAACCAGACAAAUUGGAAAGAUUUUAUCUACAAUCCAAGGAGUGGAGAGUUCAUUGGUCGCACCGCCAGCAGUUGGGCCCUCAUCUUCCUCUUCUAUCUGAUCUUCUAUGGAUUCCUGGCAGGAAUGUUCUCGCUCACCAUGUGGGUUAUGCUGCAGACGCUGGACGACUACACUCCAAAGUACCGGGACAGAGUCUCCAAUCCAGGACUGGUGAUUAGGCCCAAGUACAUGGAAAUUCUCUUUAACCGGACGGAUCCUUCCAAGUAUCUGAAGUAUGUCCAGCACCUGGAGUCUUUCCUGCAGCCGUAUAACGACACGGAGCAGGAGCAGAAUGAGAUGUGUUUGGCGGGGCGGUACUUCGACCAGGACGCGCAGGAGGAGAAGAAGGUGUGUCAGUUCAAGCGCAGCUUCCUCAGGCAGUGCUCGGGCCUGUCUGACACCACCUUCGGGUACUCCGCUGGAAAGCCCUGCGUCCUGGUCAAGAUGAACAGAAUUAUCGGUCUGAAACCACAAGGUAAUCCGUAUAUCAACUGCACUGCCAAGAGAGAACACCCUCUGCAGAUGCUGUACUUCCCCGGUGAAGGAAAGUUUGACAAGAUGUACUUUCCUUAUUAUGGGAAAAAAGCCCACCCAAAAUAUGUCCAGCCUCUGGUUGCGGUCAAGCUGCUGCUGACGAAGGAGGAUUACAACACGGAGAUCACAGUCGAGUGCAGAAUUGACGGCUCUGACCUGCGGAACAACGAUGACCGAGACAAGUUCUUGGGCCGCGUGACAUUCAAAGUAAAGGUGACAGAGUAGGCCGGGGCUACCGGAACUGCACAAUGCCCAACCUUGUGUGUAUCUACACCCCGCCCCCACCUCCCCGCUCCCCCCACCCCUCCCAUUCUGCCUGGGACUGGCACCGCUCCUGUACUGAAGGGCCGGGCUGUGUGUGAGUGUGUCUGGGGAGGGGUUGCUGUCGGUAGCACGAUGGCGUGCUUCCGGACUUUCCGUUUAAACCCCCUAGUGUGUUGCUGCCUUCGUUCCCCUGCCUGCCUCUCCCUCAGCCAUCCCCUCCCCUCCCCCCCAGCCCCCUACUGGAAACAUCCUGCCCUGACUUCCUGCUGUCUUGAACAAGACCACGAGCGUCCAACAACAUUGUGUCGUACCCGGGACCUGUAAAUAGCUGUAUUUGAAGCCUCGAAUUGCUGUGUUUUCCUCUCUCGUGCGGUGUAUCAUGCAGAAUGUGCUGUGAAGUUUCUGUGUACAUAUUUAAUGGAUCCAAGCAACCACUGUUUUUCUGUCAUAGCUCACAAUGUCUGACCACUGUAAGAAAUCAGAAUAAAUUUAAAAAUAAGAAAUAAUUUUAAAGUAUUGAAAAAAAAAACACUUAAAAAGCCCAAAAAUAUAUAAAUCAAGCUGAACCUGACAAAUGUUUAAAGGGAUUUUUUAACCUCUGCAGGAGUCUUGGUUUCUGCAGAUGCCUUAAGAC